AUGGCGUCACCUUCGGGUCACGGUGUUCCGUCUUUUCGACUCACGAGCUGGCACAGUCCGUCAACGGCGCCGCGUGUGCACUCGCCAGCAGCGACCGGCUCCGUGCCGCGUCUUGCGUUCGUCCCAGGGCCGCCGCUGGUGCCUGGCGGGUCGUGUUCCUUGUUGACCUACGGGUCACAGACGUCGGUGACAAGGCUUCAGCCCCUGUUCCGUCAGGAUGGGGUGGGCCGAGCGGAAAAACCAUCGUCUGAGCACUGCUCCGCCACCUUUUCAGUCGCAGGGUCGGCCACGAUCGCGGUCGCACAAAGCGCCGGCUCUCCCGUUGUGGCCGUUGCUCCCGUCCACCUGUAUGCGUCGAGAAGCGAUUUGGCAGAGACCGCACCGCUUCCGGACCGCGAGCAAGGACGCGAACGCUCGCCUGCCGCCUUCCCCCUCGUCGUCGGUCUAGAAAACGGGCAAGUGUGGCUUUAUGAGUGGCAACAGGCUGGACAGGCCGAUCCGUCUGCCGAGGCUGCGUGCGAAAGUUCCUCCCCGGCAGCUCCAAAAUGUGUGGCGAAACAGCUGCUGUGUCGCCACAUGGCGCGGCCGGUAACACUAUGCGUUGCGCGACUUCGGCGGGGCGUGGCCGGCGCAGACUCCAUGGACGAUGAAGCGCACCAGGACCACUUCGAGGUGUAUGUCCUUUACAGCAACGGGAUGGUUGUCGUGUGGAAGAAAGGCAGAAGGAAUCGGAUUGAAUUAGGGCCAGUGGAGGGCGGCGUUCACAUGAGCGUCGACCCUGAAGGUCGGUAUAUCGCAGUGGCGUCGAGCACCAGGAAGCUCUUUGUCUUUCGCCGCAAGGACUCGGAGGUGGGCGACGACGCCGUGACUUUCACGAAGUGUUUCGAUCAAGAAAUCUUCCGCAAACAACUCAAUUCGGCAUGUGCGGUAGGCGCACCGCUUCAGACAGCGUGGCAUCCAAACGGCACCUGCCUGUUUCUCCCCGGCGCCGCGUCGGUGCGCGUGCUGAAAACUGCGACGAUGACGAUUGAACCUCUGGAGUUCGCGUCCUCCGGCUUUGAUCCGCUGGUCGUCUUCGACAAAGUCGCGAUUGUCCCUCUCACUGCAUGCGGUCCUCCAGGGCCCCCCGAGAGCGGUCGAGAAUCUUCAGUUCUUCUCGCGUCUGUUCGGUCCACAGUACGGGCGUGGAACCUCGACGACAAGCAGCCGCUCUUCUGUCUUGACGCAGACAAGGCUUCCUCUUCUUCGAGUGGGGACAGGCUCUUGCAUCUGGCUGCUUGGGCUUCAACAUUGCGGAAUUUCAACGGAGGCGACGACGGACAGGAAGCGUUUUCCCCCCUCAUCGAGGUCGGCAUUGUUCGCGACGACGGCGCGAUAAGCGUCGUGGGAAUCCGAUCCGAGAGGCUACUCAAGACAACAGAAAAAGAAACCAUAACCGCUCUAGGCUCGAACUCGGGUGUUGACCAAGUGGAACAAGUGAAACAGGAGUGCGCUGAGACCCAGGACGACGGCGACGUUCAUAUGGCUGACGCCGAGGAUCAUAAAGACGAGCCGAAACCCGAGGGCGUGGCUACAAAAAACAAGACGAAUUCCUCGUCCGCGUCCUCGCCUGCUCGCGGUGGCAUGCAACCCCAGACAGCGGAGAGCGUCUCGCGCUCUCACAUCCGGGCAAACGAGUUGUCUCCAGCGCGGGGCAGAGAAGGAGGGGUGGAUGAGAGCCUGGAGGGAGACGCGAGCGGUUUGAGGCGAGAACAAGGUGAAGACGAAGCAAGACGUGGAGCUGCGCAACCGGGAGACAGAGAGAUUGCACCCGGCACGCCGGAAAAGAGGAAGCACGGCAGCGAUGGAGAGGCUGAGUCAGAGACCCGCUGGAGCGGUGCCUCUUCUCGCCGGCGCCACAAAGGGGAGAAGAAAGAGAAGAGACGGAAGGAGAGAAAGAGCGCGGCUGUUUCGACGCCGGUUCGACGCUUUAUUGAGAUGCAGGCGGAAGAAGGUUCUGAGGAAGGAAGCGAAGACGAGGAACAGUUGUUCGGAGAUGGCCCAGGGAGCGGCUCGGGGGACGAGGAGGGCGCUCAUCCCAGAGGACCGCGCGACCGCGAAAAGAGGAAGAGGGACACCCAUUCCCGACGCCCAGAGAAGAAACGGAGACGAACCGAGUCGCAAGACGGAGACGACGGUUCCGCGUCCUCGGACUCCCAAGCGGACUCUGACUUCUCUGAGUCUUCGGCGGCCGAUGCCUUUUCUUCAUCGGACGACGAGCCUGCUCAGAGCUCCGAGGACGAGGGCGAAUCCCUUCUGGACGAGCAGGACGAAGAAGAGGCUAGCGCACACACGCUUCUCUCCAGUUCCUCUUUCCUCACGAAAGACACAGCCGCUGCCGAGACACUGCCGGCCGCCGACAGUCCCCCAGAGGCCGGAGGCGCGAAAGACUUGCUUCUCGAGAACAUGAGAAAGAUCCUUCUGCAAAUGCAUGCGAAGCAGAAAGAGAGCCGGCGAGAGCAGCACGAGGCGAAGCAACGCGCACGCCGCCUCCAGAAAGAGAACACGAAACUCCAGGCAGAGCUCCGCCGGCUCCGGCGAACCCACCAAGCCUUGCUGACCGGAGGCGCUUUGGCAGGAGGCGGCGACGCGGUGUGGGCUGUCGAACGCGCCGUGUCGCCAGGCGCCUGCAGGCAACCCGGCGACGCUGCGACUCCAUGGUGCUUGUUCUGGAACCAACAUGGCCACGUCACGAAGGUGACGAGCGGCGACAAGACGACGCUGGAAAUCUUCAACUUCUCGCCCGUGGCUGCCAUCUCCGGGACGAGCCGAAAGCGCAUCACAGAUUACACGAACGCUUGCAUGGCAUCACUAAGCAAGGUCGGCGUCGCUCUCGCGUCGGUGGGCUCGAAACGACCUCUCUUGCCGAGCCGCGUGGAAUUCAGAUCUCUCCAGGACUCCUCCCAGUGGACCAAGACGUUGCCGGUGCCGGAGCGGCCGCUCGGCGUGGCCGUUGGAGACUCCUUCGUGGCGGUUGUGACCUCGGCAGAUCUCCUCCGCGUCUUCGCCACCAGCGGAAUUGCACUCUCUCUCUCGCGUCUCCCCGGUGUCCCCGUCGCCAUCUGUGCGAGUCACCAACUGCUCUUUGUGGUUGUCGCGACGACGGCUGCGGCUCUGGGGAGCGUGGCUGCGGCCGGACAAAGUUCUCGACAGAACGGGCGCCUUUCCGGGCAAGAGAGCCGCUACUUCUUCCACUGCUUGCUUCUCCACGUUCACCCGCCGCCAGCGUCUCCCAGCGCGGCGUACCUCCUGCCAUUUGGCUGUCGAGACCGAGUCAUGCAGCUCCCGGGACUGAUGGCCAAGGCCGUCUCGCCGAUCGACGUCAUUCACGAGGGCCCUCUCGUUCUCGACUACCCUCUGGACUGGGUGAAUAUCUCCCCGGGCGGAAUGCCGUCCGUCAAAGACAUUUCAGGUCGCGUGUGGGGUCUCCUUCCCGCGUGGGGAAGAGCGAUCGAAGGGCCCGUCCCGUACAGCCUUUCGUGGCUGCCUCUGGUCAACCUCCGUGAAGCGGCAGGCGGUUCUCUUGAGGACGACGCUCCGCCCCCCUCCGUGAAGUUCUGGCCGCUGUAUGUGGACGAGAGCAAGGGGGAGAUCAUGGUGAUUCGCUUGAAGGCCUCGAAGCCCAGCCCCGCGUCAUCCGACGCGGAUGCAUCUGAGAAUGGUCUCGCUGCUUUGCGCGCCUCUCCCACUUCGUCCCUGCCUCCCGACGAGCCGUCGUGCGCACAGGCGUCGCCCAUGUUCGGCUACACUCUGGAGCAGCUGCCGCUGCGUCUGCCGUUCACAGAUGUGUGGCCCUACAUGCGCUGGCGGCAACUCCUCCUGAAAGACAAGAACCUGAAGGGGAUCGUGCAGGCCGGGAAGAAGGGGGAAGGCGCGAGCGGGGCUGCAGUCACCAUGGGCGAAGCCGCCCUAGUCCCCUGGCACCAGUUCGACGAAAUGCGCUGGAGAAACGAAGUCGUGAUGCGCCUCAUGUGCAUCGCACUCCGCAACUGGGAAGGCGGCGGCGCCGGCGGCGGAGCCGGCGGCCCUGAGAACCAACAGGAAGUCUUGAAAAUGGAGCAAAGUCGAGAGAGCCUCGAGGCGGAGAAACGCUUCACGACGCUAAUGAAGAACCACGACAAAUUCGCCCUGCGCGAGUUCCUCGUCUGCAGAGAAGACCGACGCCUACACUCUGCGGCUCUCGAUGUGGCGCUUCGCUUCAAAAUGGCCACUGUCGCGGCGCACGCGCGCGAGUCGCUCGACGGCGACACCCGCAUGCAGUCAGAGAAACUGCGCGAGGCUCUGGAGUGGCAAGCGGCUGAGGGCCACGUGGACGGCAUCGCGGGCGUUCCCGCUGCGUUGCCACUGCGGCCGCUGGAGUCCGAGAUGUCCCAGGCUUCCCGAGCGUUUCGGGCGGAGGCGGAAAACCAGAAACCCGAGACUCUCUACGUGGCCCACAGCAAACGAAGAACGGCCGAAGGCAGUGAAGGCGCGGAGUCUCCAGAAGGACGAAGAAUGAAGGACUCGGGCUACCCGGUCCCCGGCAGCAAAGCCGCUGGAAAGAUGCAUGGCCUCAUGGAGGCACCGGCUCCGAAAUCCUGGAUGCGUGGAGGCAGUCGAGGCCCCGGACACCAAAAGUUUUCCGCGUUUCGCCAGGCCGCGGACUGA